AUGAUGAUACUCAUAGUGGACAGAAUUCCAGCAAGACUGCAAAAUCUCAUAACUAGCCCUGGCAAUCAGAGGAGCAGGGAUUCUAUGAGAAGGCUACUUAGCAUCAACAAGACAAGCCUAAGUGUGAUGCUUGUGGUGGUAUGCAUAAGACUGAACACUGUAGACGAUUCCGAUGCCUGCUUCAAAUGCAGCCAGCAGGGUCAUAAGAUAGCUGAGUGUCUUCAACAGGACUUCCAAUCAGUUCAGAGGCCUCAAGCUACAAGGACCCAGCAAGUGCAAGGUUCUCCUGCUUCGGUUCAGUCGGUUCAGCCUUCUUCUCCUAAGCAGCAGACAGGAGGGAGACCGCACACACGGGGUCAUAUUUAUGCACUAACUCAGCAGGAUGCUCAGGCAUCCAACACUGUGGCGUCAGGUACCUUACCAGUUGCUUCUGUUUAUGAUCAUAUAUUGUUUGAUUCUGGUGCUACACAUUUUUUUGUGUCAUCUACAUUUGCGCGAAAACAUGACCUGUCUUGUGUGCCGUUAGAGUAUGAUUUGCAUAUUAGUACCCCUGCUGGGAGUGGGAUGAUUAUUAAACAGAUAUGCAAUACUUGUCCGAUUCAAAUAGUAAAUAGAGACUUGACUGCUGAUUUGAUAGUUAUAAAUAUGCAUGACUUCGAUAUAAUUCUUGGUAUAGACUGGUCGGCGUAA